GGCGGAAAAACAGUCGAUUUUGAAUUUUUCCUGGAUUUUGGUGAAGGCGGUGUCGGUUAGCAUUCAGCUAGUGGAUUUUGUAAUAUAUUCAUUUUGACUUCGUAUUUACGUAAACGAAGGAUCAAUAAAACAUCUGAAAUCUUCUGUAUGAAUUUUUGAAGAGACACCCUAUUGCUAUGUCUGUGGAGGAAAGCAAUGUAUGUAAUCAUGUAAAGGUGGCAGUUCGAGUUCGCCCUGAGAAUGAGAGGGAAAAGGAGGGAAAUUACAGGAAAGUGGUGCAAGUAGUAGAUAAAUACAUGCUGGUCUUUGAUCCUAAGGAAGAGGAGUUAAGUUUUUUCCAAAGCCGAAAAGCUUCAAAUAGAGAUAUAACAAGGAAAGCAAAUAAGGAUGCCCAGUUUGUUUUUGAUAAUGUUUUUGAUGAAAAUUCAACUCAAGCAGACAUUUUUGAUAACUUGAUGAAGGGAAUGCUGGAUGGAUUUUUAAAUGGAUACAACUGCACAGUCCUUGCGUAUGGUGCAACUGGAGCUGGAAAAACGCACACAAUGCUUGGCUUGCCAAGUGACCCUGGAGUGAUGUAUCUUACAAUGAAGGAACUUUACAGUCGCAUUGACCUGCUUAAAGACGAGAUACAGUGUGAUAUUGCAGUAUCUUAUCUUGAGGUAUACAAUGAACAAAUUCGAGAUCUCCUUGUGAAUUCUGGACCCCUAGCUGUUCGUGAAGAUAGUAUUAAAGGAGUUGUUGUCCAGGGUCUGUCGUUACUUCAGCCUAAAUCUGCAGAGCAGAUCCUUGAAAUGUUAGAUUAUGGAAAUAAAAAUAGAACGCAACAUCCAACUGAUGUGAAUGCCUCCUCGUCACGAUCCCAUGCGGUAUUUCAGAUAUAUUUAAGGCAGCAAAGCAAAACUGCCAACAUUAAUCAAAAUAUCAAAAUUGCAAAGAUGAGCCUGAUUGAUCUUGCUGGAUCAGAGAGGGUCAGUGCCACUAAUACCAAAGGAGCAAGGUUACGAGAGGGAGCCAAUAUAAAUCGGUCACUGCUGGCCUUAGGAAAUGUCAUCAAUGCUCUUGCAGAUCCAAAGAGCAAAAAAUCACAUAUACCAUACAGGAAUAGUAAACUUACUCGUCUGUUAAAGGAUUCCUUGGGUGGAAAUUGUCGAACCAUUAUGAUUGCUGCAGUUAGCCCCUCUGCACUAUAUUAUGAUGACACCUACAAUACUCUGAAAUAUGCAAACAGAGCCAAGGACAUUCAGUCUUCAUUGAAGAGUAAUGUUGUGAACCUGGAGAGUCAUGUCGGUCAGUACGCUGUGAUUUGUGAACAGCAAAAAGAAGAGAUACGUAUGUUGAAGGAAAGACUGAAGGAGUAUGAAGAAAAAAAAAUAGACAUUCCAGAGAAACGUAGAUUAAGUCUCCUAACUUUGUGUAAUCAGAAGAAUGCUGAAUAUGAGCGGCUGGAGGACACCCUGAAAAGCAUCUUCUUAAAUCGCACAGAGAUUAGAAAGGAAAUUCUGAGUUUUGAGAAGAAACUAAAGGAGAGUGAAUUAAGAAUGCUGCAUCAAAAAUGCACUUACCACCAUAUACAGCUACUGUGCUUUGAUGAGAAAGCAGUAAAGGAAACUUGCAAGUUUGAGAGGAGGAUAGCAUCUCUUGCAGCCUAUCAUUCACACCUCAGGAAAAAGCUGCAGGAAGUAAAGAGUCACUUAGCUGAGAAUGACAAUUGGCUUCACCGUACAGAAAAUGAGAUGCUAUUGUGUGAUCAAACCAAGAACCUACAGAAAGAACUACUCUGUCACAGUUUGCAGCUGGAGGUUCUUGAUGUAAAACAGCAGAUGGAGUGUCUAACAUCACUAUUUUUGCUACAGGGUCAAGAGAACCAACUAAAUGAAAAAGCUUUACAGUGUUUGCUUCCAGCUUUUCGCAGACAGUAUCAGAUUCUGAAAAGUGCAAAUUUAGCAAGCAGUUUUGUAGAAGCAGACUACAAGGAGUGUGAACAGUUGGUGCGACGUGAGAAAGGAGUGGUUUGGGCAGAUCAGCUCAAUGAUGAAAGUACAGAGCCAUGUUCAAACUACAAUUUGAAUUUAGCCUCCAUUAUCUCUUUCUCAAGUAUGUCUCACCAAAACACACCUUGCAGCACAAGGAAAAGGAAAAGGAAGAGCUUAGAGAGGCGAUGUAGUACAGUAUUAACUGAAAAACCACAAGAAGCAGAAAUUAAAGAUGCAUCCAAGCAGAACACCAUUCUAUUGGCUGGAACUGGUAACUCUUUACCACAGUUGGAAGGGAGUAAACAGAUGGAUUUUUCUCCAGUUCGUAAACCUCUUGCUCCAAUUAAACUGCAGUUCAAUGACUCCUUUAGUGAGGAUGGUAUUUGCCCUCUUCCAUACACACCUGAGGUUUGUCACCCGCACCUAGUCAACUGCCCUAGAACAGAAACUCAGAGGCCUGAGAACUUGGGAAAAAGCAGUUCCUAUGAAAAAAAAAAUGAAAUGGACAGUGAUCCAGCUAACAUUGCUGUUAGAUCAGAUGACUCUGUCACAACUGCCAACACUACCAUUACUCUGAGCCCUAGUUCCAGUAAGCUUCAGACUACAGAAAAAUGCUUGCCUCAGCCAAAAAUCAGUAAGGUCUACAGCAAGGUUUCACACAGGUUACCUUUGCCAGCCUUAUUAAAUGAAACGUCCAUCAAGCUAGUUAAGCCUUCCUAUAUGGCAAUGACCUCUGCAGCCCAGAGGAGACGGAGAUUGUCAUGCAACUCUGCUUCACUCAACAGCCUCAGAGCUGGCACACAGGGAACAAGUGCUCCUAAGAGAAUGAGAUUGGAUCCUCUGUCUGUGAAGGCAAUGAGAGUACCCAAGUCAAUGGGAGACUCCAGAGAUCAAAGCAAACAAAUCACUUCACAAUUCAGACAUGGACGAACCAUUUUGGAAAGAAACCCACGCCUCCCAAUGUACAGAAGUAAUGCAUCCCUGUUGAAAGCUGCAAAUUUGUUAAAGACUGUUACAGAUAAAUCCUAAGAUUUUUCUUCAUUGUAAUUAUUUAAUAUACAUUAUAAAAGUAUGAAAUAGUGAUAUUUUGAAUCCUGUGCUUUGUAUUGAUCAGAUAAUGAUUUGCACUGUUAAUGGGGGGGG